CCCUCAGCUGGCCCUCCACUAGUUUAUUACAAACAAGGCUACUUCACUGACGAUGUCCGUAUCCUGGCCUGGUCCUGACACAACUGGCCGCAUAAGUUCCCAUCUUUUUUUGGCUUAUUUUUUUACGUGUGCCUGUCAUGGAGCCGUCCGCGCCGAAAAGCAAGCUGAAAAAGCUGAGUGAGGACAGUUUGACCAAACAGCCAGAGGAAGUGUUUGAUGUCCUGGAGAAACUUGGCGAAGGGUCCUAUGGCAGCGUAUUUAAAGCCAUUCACAAGGAGUCGGGUCAGGUGGUGGCCAUCAAGCAGGUUCCUGUGGAGUCUGAUCUGCAGGAAAUCAUCAAGGAGAUCUCCAUCAUGCAGCAAUGUGACAGCCCUUACGUUGUAAAGUACUACGGCAGUUACUUCAAGAACACGGACCUGUGGAUCGUCAUGGAGUAUUGUGGCGCUGGAUCUGUGUCAGACAUCAUCAGGCUGCGAAACAAAACGCUGACAGAAGAUGAAAUUGCCACCAUCCUGAAGUCAACACUCAAGGGUCUUGAAUAUCUUCAUUUUAUGCGGAAGAUCCAUCGUGACAUCAAGGCAGGAAACAUCCUUCUAAACACGGAGGGUCACGCCAAACUGGCUGACUUUGGAGUUGCGGGGCAGUUAACGGACACGAUGGCAAAAAGAAACACUGUGAUUGGUACUCCAUUCUGGAUGGCACCAGAAGUGAUCCAGGAAAUCGGCUACAACUGUGUCGCAGACAUCUGGUCUUUGGGCAUCACUUCCAUAGAAAUGGCAGAGGGUAAACCUCCUUACGCUGACAUCCACCCAAUGAGAGCUAUAUUCAUGAUCCCCACCAACCCUCCGCCCACAUUCAGGAAGCCGGAGCAUUGGUCAGACGAGUUCACAGAUUUUGUCAAGAAGUGUUUGGUCAAAAACCCUGAGCAGAGAGCUACUGCAACUCAGCUCCUGCAGCAUCCGUUCAUCAGCCAGGCCAAACCCGUCUCCAUCCUCCGAGACCUGAUAACGGAAGCCAUGGAGAUGAAGGCCAAGAGGCAGCAGGAGCAGCAGAGGGAGCUGGAGGAGGAAGAUGAUAACUCUGAGGAGGAGACGGAGGUGGACUCCCACACCAUGGUGAAGUCGGGCUCCGAGGGUGCAGGGACGAUGCGGGCCACCAGCACCAUGAGCGACGGCGCGCAGACCAUGAUCGAACACGGCAGCACCAUGCUGGAGUCAGAUCUGGGGACCAUGGUGAUCAAUAGUGACGACGAAGAGGAGGAGGAAGACCACGGGUCAAUGAGAAGGAACGCCACCCCCCAGCAGCCCAUGCGCCCCUCCUUCAUGGACUACUUUGACAAGCAGGACUCCAACAAGGCAGCCCAGCAGCAGGAAAACUACAACCACAACCAGCCGCCCGAGCAGCCCGGCUACCACAUCCAGUCCAAAAACGUCUUUCCUGAUAACUGGAAGGUCCCACAGGACGGAGACUUUGACUUUUUGAAGAACCUGGACUUUGAGGAGCUGCAGCUGCGCCUCACUGCCUUGGAUCCCAUGAUGGAGCGCGAGAUCGAGGAGCUGAGGCAGCGCUACACUGCCAAGAGGCAACCCAUCCUGGACGCAAUGGAUGCUAAAAAGCGACGACAGCAGAACUUUUAAGGGCUUCUCCAUUCACCACCCCCCCCCCCCCCCAAAAAAAGCCAGCAGGAGAGCGAGACCACCUUGUCGCUCUCAUCUACACCCCCUCUGACCUCCUGACUAACUAACUGGCCUCCUAGUGACAUGGAGUGCUGCGUUUCCUGGUUUCUUUCUCGUAAACGCCGUUCAAGGCUGCGGGCAAAAAAAAGAAAAGAGAAGUGACCCCCACCCCCCCACCCCCCCUCCCCCUUGAGGCCAUCUUAAAAAGGAAUUUCCUCUUUUCUCAGCGAGCUGCCGGCCGCGUCAUCCGCAGCGUCCGCUGGGAGUCACCGUCUGCACACGAGGAAGCGAGUCCUCCAGCGGGGGGGCAGCUGUAGACGCAGCCGGUUUUAAUGAAGUGCUUCUUUCCUCCCCCCCCACCCCCACCACCAGACUUUUUACUUCUAAUGUAAAUAUAACACAGAGCCUAGUUUUUGGAAACGACCUCCAGUCAGAUGCGGUGGAGGUUCGUCCAUGACCAAAGACAAUCAGAGUCACGCUGACAUUGACCAUGCCUUAAAAUAAGCGAGCGAUGUAAGAAAAGCACCAAGCAACUCUGUUCUAGAAGCCGCGAGGGGAAACACGGCGCUCGGGUUAUCUCGUCUUUUCACCCGGAGCGCCAGACGUCCAACGCUCAUCCGUCUGUCGUGGUUCUGCUUCACCGUCUGCGCUGAGCAGACUUCGUGUUUCUCCAGUGCCUCUCGGGUCAGAAACAAACGCGUUAUUCUCUCAGCGACCGUUAUGCAUUUAAAACCAGAGCAUUUUAUUCAGCUAAUUGAUCCACAUGACCAAGUAGUAAAAAAAAAAAAAAAACAUUCCUGGUUCUUGGAGAAGUCAAAUGUUUCACUUCCAUCAUUCGUUUUUAAAAGGAUUGAUUCACAGCGAGACUUUCGGGUUCUGAGGCACUGACAGACCGAACUGUUGCAUUUUAAAUCCCCUUCUUUUUUUUUUUUUUUUGGUUGCUGGAUUCUUCCUGAUUUCCCCUGCAUGAACUGCUUCAUGUCUGUAUUUAGCGCUCUGCUAUCAGUGAGGGAAAUGCAGUGGUUUAGCAAGACGAUCCUUGUCCCUUUUAAACAGAAAACCUGUUUUGCACACAGAUAUUUGGCUCCCUUUUUUUUUUUUUUUGUAAAAUAAAUCAGUUCAUGUGUUUUUUAAGAAUCAGAGAUAAAUAAGAUGAUGUCUAAUGAAUGGAAACUGUAGCAGUGGAGGUUCUUAAGGCGGACGGCGCCACAUUAAGAGCCGGGGUGACGGUCAAUUAUCACUAUCACAGGUCAGCUUUUCAGCGCAAUCUGAAUGUGAAGAAACUUUUUCCCACUAUAAACAUUAACAACGUUAACGCUCAGCUCUCAUUUUCUACAUAAAUGCAUCGACUAACAGCGUUUGCUUGGAUGCACAUUUGCUGAAAUUGUAAUAAAAAACAAAUGAAGGGUUUUGGGACAAUAUUAGGAAAUAGUGCGAUUUAUUCUAUCGGUUGUGAUAAAUAUUUUACACCCGGAGCAUAUUGGCCUAUAAAUAUUACAUGUCAGUCAUUUUUAAUAUAAAUAUUGCACACGCUGAUGUAAAGGCAUAUUUGCAAUAUAUUUAGUCCCAUUAGGGCCCUAUGGUGCAUAAAUGGUGAAAUUUUGUAAUUCUCUAGUUGUUCUUGUUUGAUCUCUGUCAGGAAACCUAUUUUCCUCUUUAAAGCUGUUAUAGUCGCUACCGGGGGAAUAAAUACAUCAGCAGGUUUGACAUUAAAGAGAAUCAGUAAUCUGUAUCGGCUCAAAAAAGGUUUGAUUGGUGCGUCUCUAAAUGUUAGGAUGACUUUUAUUGAAAUCAGGCUAAGCUGUCCGAAACGAUCUCAGAAAUACAACAACAAAAAAACAAUAUUUGCUGAUUUAAAAGCUGCUAAAACAUCUAAGAAGCUGUUGUUGCUUUGAUAUUUGCCUUUUGUUCAGUUUGAGAUUUUUCUCGGUUAUUUUAAAUGUAAAAAAAAAAAAAAAAAAAAGACCCUGAAUGAAAUAGCCCUGUCUUAACAUCUGGUACAUGUGAGUUUUGCAGGUUUCUGUUACAUCUGAAUGUGGAUCACUUUUUUUUAAUGAACAGAUCUGUUACACCCGUCUCACUGACUUAUCUGGAAUAAGCGGAUCAUUUAAACAGGAACAUAGACGUUUAGAUCAGUACUGUAUCUAAAUCAAAGCUAUUCAUUUUUUUCCCCCAUUAUAAUUGAAGAGAAUCAAGUAAUUUGCAAAAUAUCACCUUUAAUCUUAAUGCCUUUAGUCUGUGCUCCAAUAAAUUGCAUAGGAAUACGAUUAUUCUUUUGUUUGAACCUUUUUUAUUUAUUUAAAAUGUGAUCUUGGCUGUCGAUAAAUUUCACCCGCCGUGGGCCAAACCGAUGUUUUGAUCCAUUUUUUUUUUUUCCGACUAUGCAUGUUUGCGUUUCAGAGGGAAGUUAUUUUAGUGAGUGGACUGUUGAAAUUAAGAACUUUGCAAAAAUCCAAAAUGGGAAACUGACCUGGCUUUCCACGUCACUUGUGCGAUUCUAAAAAUCGGGUUUGUGUUCACCUACGUUAUUUCAGCUUUAUUUUGACUUGAUGCGUAGUGGAAUGUAAGCAUUAAACCUUUUUGUUUUUUUUAUUUAUAUUUUGUUUGUAACACUUUGACAACGUGUAAUAAUUAAUAAAAGUCGCAUAUAGUUACUUGGA